AUGUGGCGUGCGGUUCUGCUAACGAGCCUGGUGUUUCACCAAGGGUAUGGAGUACCCAACCGAGUGGUGGACGUCACCUCAAGCUGUGAUAAGAGCUCCAUAAGUAUCCACGUCGCCAUGGAGCAGCCGUUCAAGGGACUCGUUUUUAGCAAGGACUUUUCCAGGGAAUGUCGUGUACAAGGGCAAAGACAAAAGACAGUUUCCAUUAAUCUACCCUCAAACGCCUGUGGUGUCAGAACGUCGACCCUGAAUACGACAGUCAGUGAACCGGAUGACGAAGAGGAUCUAUACUAUAAUGUGGAGCUGGUGGUGCAGAUGGAUAGACAGCUGCAACAGUCCACCGAUCAAGAUCUUAUUGUUAGGUGUAAAUUACAGCGGCGUGCAGUCAAAAUUAACAGCGCGGCUCUGGAGAACGUCAUAUCUUCACAUUUACGGGAGAUGAACGCUCCAGAUAAGAAAGCGAGGACUGGUCGUAAUCGCCAAGGUUGGGAUAAUCCAGUGGCGAUGGAACAGAGAGAGUGGUUGCUUGAUUCGGCACGCGCUUGGAUGGAGCUGGCUCCAACUAUCGCUGGGUCAGAACCAGCUACCGUUGAAGUUGGACAACCUACUAGACUAUUGAUUCAGUGCACUCUACCAGUCGGAAUCGGUCUGCGCGUAACGAACUGCAUAGCGCACGACGGCUUAGGAGAAGCGUCCCAAAAACUACUGGACGAAGCCGGGUGUCCCAUUGACGAGACCAUCUUCAACAAACCAUCGCUACACCGACAUCACAAGGGAACAGAAAUAGAUUUUAACGAUCUGGAACCAGUCGACACAAUAAGAAACAGAGAGGAGAACGAUCAAUUGAAAACCGCUAAAUCCGAUCCAGAAUUUAUGUUCAAGAAUUUGAUGACAUAUCAACACGCAAUUACAACAUUUGCGGCGUUCAAAUUUCCGGAUAGGGCGAAGCUACACUUGACCUGUGGGAUAGAACUGUGCAAGGGACCAUGUCCUGAAAUUGAUUGUAAGGCCCUGAUGAAGCCUCAGAGGACGAAGGAGGGAUUAGUGCGGAAGGCUCGACUGGAUAAGGAGGCUAAAGCAAAUGUCAUAGAUCGACUGGAAGUUUACAAUAGUAUAGAAGUUUUGGCGCCUAACAUUGAGUUGGAGGAUGAGGCAUCAAUAAGAGGUUCAAGAAGAUCGGAGGGAAAAGAAGAAUUUGUGCGAGGGUUCUCACCGGGAGACAAAACAAUUUGUUUGUCACCCGGUAAAAUGGCUCUUGCAUUUUGCGUCUUAGGUGUUAUUUUCCUCUGUGCUAUUGCGGUCGCAUUUGCUUCAUUAGUGCGAGCGAGACGGCGAACCAGCCGAGAACAGGCCCAUACAUCUCUUUCUUUCUAUACUGGCAGUAAGAGUGUCUUCUCUUCUAGUCAGAGUUCGAGUUCUGGAUUAAGUGGAAGUAAAUUGCUGCUAACUGAUAGUCCUUACAUGGAUCACCAUUCAUCUUCUAGCAAUAAUUGGCCAUAUCCAAGACCGUUUUGA